ACUACCCUUUCGUUGCGCUAUAAAACUACAAUCUCGCUGGGUCCCAAUUCGCGCAUUAGGGUUUUCAGGGGGGGAGACGACUCGGAAAGCCGACCACCUUCGCCGCUGAAGCCCUCAAGAUGCCAAAGCAAAUUCAUGAGAUUAAGGAUUUCCUUCUCACGGCAAGAAGGAAAGAUGCACGCUCUGUCAAAAUUAAGAGGAGCAAGGAUGUUGUCAAGUUCAAAGUUCGAUGCUCCAAGUACCUCUAUACACUGUGUGUGUUUGACUCUGAAAAAGCAGACAAGUUGAAGCAAUCUCUUCCUCCAGGUUUGAAUGUCCAAGAUGUUUGAAGAUGAUGCCGGAGACCCUUUAAGAAGUAGCUAAAAACGUUGUUUGCUUUUGUUUUCCUUUUAACUAAGAAACUUCUGGUCUUCUUUAGGAUCAACGUCUUUGGAUAUGUGUUCUGAAUUUUGAAGAUUAUUCUCAUUUGUUUUUCAUUUUCUUACUAUUGAGUCAUCGGGAAGAUUUUGGCAUAUUUGGUUUGGUAUUUGGAACUGGUUUGUAUCAGAUAUUCUCUAUCAGGUUCCUCUCUGAGUUUUCAGUUUAUUAUAAGCACCCAGAAAAGAGCUGAUCUUGUGAA